UGAAUGAGGAAGUGGAUGCUAACCACGGUGAGUUGGCGGAGGACGGUGGGUUAUUCUCGGUUAAAUACCGUAGUUAAGAGGAGAAAGAGGGGUCAGUUAAAAAGAAAGGGGGAGGAGAACUGAGGAGGAAGAGGAGGAGCUGCAGAUGGAGGAAGAGGAGGCGUCCUAUCCGUCUGUGUCCAGAGGAGAGGAGCGGCCGCCAUGUUAACCAAGAAGCCCGGAACCUCGGUCCUCCCGACGGGCAAAGCGGGCGAGCCGGUCUACUCUCCUGGUCACAGUGGAUCUCAGACGACGUCGCCUGUCGCCCUGCCGCGGCUCCACAACAACAACCACAAUCCUCUGACGGGAGGCUCUAAAGCCGCCAUGUCGGACGCCGUCCAGCUCUCGUCGCAGUCGCAGGUCCACGUCACGCAGCUGUACGAGGAGAACACCAACAAGCGCCCGGUCCUCACCUCCCAGCCCAACGGCCUGGCUCCUCUCAGCUCCACCCGGCCGGGCCUGCCGCUGCCCGACCGCCAGACGUCGACCUCGGAGACGCCCCACCACUGCCGGCAGGGCAGCGCCACCUCCAACAAGUCGACGGACAGCAAGCCAAAGCCCACCGCCCUGUCCCCCGAGCAGGCCAUGAAGCAGUUCAUGUCCAAGAUGUCGUCGUUCGAGCACCAUGAGGUCUUCAGCUACCCAGAAGUGUUUUUUGUUGGUCCGAAUGCCAAGAAGAGAUCAGGGGUGAUGGGUGGAGCCAACAAUGGCGGCUAUGAUGACGAUCAGGGAUCCUAUAUCCACGUUCCACAUGACCACAUCUCGUACCGCUACGAAGUCCUCAAGGUCAUCGGAAAGGGCAGCUUUGGACAGGUCGUGAAAGCCUUUGACCACAAGUGUCAGGCCCACGUGGCUCUGAAGAUGGUCCGCAAUGAGAAGCGCUUCCACCGGCAGGCGGCAGAGGAGAUUCGCAUCCUGGAGCACCUGAAGAAGCAGGACAAGGACUCGAGCAUGAACGUCAUCCACAUGCUGGAGAACUUCACCUUCAGGAACCACAUCUGCAUGACCUUCGAGCUGCUCAGCAUGAACCUGUACGAGCUCAUCAAGAAGAACAAGUUCCAGGGCUUCAGCCUCCCGCUGGUCAGGAAGUUUGCCCACUCUAUCCUUCAGUGUCUGGACUCGCUGCAUAAGAACCGCAUCAUCCACUGCGACCUCAAACCCGAGAACAUUUUACUCAAGCAGCAGGGACGCAGUGGCAUCAAGGUCAUAGAUUUUGGCUCCAGCUGUUAUGAACAUCAGAGAGUUUACACAUACAUUCAGUCCAGGUUCUACAGAGCGCCGGAGGUCAUUCUGGGCUCCAGGUACGGGAUGCCGAUUGACAUGUGGUCCCUGGGCUGCAUCCUGGCUGAGCUGCUCACUGGUUACCCUCUGUUACCGGGCGAAGACGAAGCCGACCAGCUUGCCUGCAUCAUCGAAAUUCUGGGCAUGCCCAGUCAGAAGCUCCUUGACGCCUCCAAGAGAGCAAAGAACUUUGUGUCGUCUAAAGGCUACCCGCGAUACUGCACCGUCACCACCCUCCCUGAUGGCACCACCGUCUUGAACGGUGGCCGCUCACGGCGAGGUAAAGUACGUGGCCCGCCAGGUAGCAGGGACUGGAGCGCAGCGCUGAAGGGCUGCGACGACCCGCUGUUCCUGGACUUCCUCAAACAGUGUCUGGAGUGGGAUCCAGCGCUCAGGAUGACGCCCAGCCAGGCGCUACGCCACCCGUGGCUGAGGAGACGACUUCCCAAACCACCAUCAGGAACAACCACAGGGGAUAAGACCUCCUCCUCCUCCAAACGGGGAACCACCACCACCGACGGCACCAUCACCUCCAUCUCCAAGCUCGCCACCACCUCCUCAACCACAACGUCCUCCUCCUCCAAAACCAGGACUAACUUGGCGGCGAUCACCGAUGCCAACGGAAACAUCCAACCUCGGACGGUUCUGCCCAAGCUGGUCAGCUGAGAGUGAAUGCAUCCCGCUCGCCAUGGCGGGAAGCAGUCAGCUGGAACUGAAUAAAACUGGUUUGAUCCAGUUUGAAGAGUGCUUGUUUUUUCACGCUGGUUUUUCCAGCAUCUUUGGAGUGCGUUCAAAACAAAAACAGCCAAGGAAACGUGGAGUUGGAGUGUUAAAUGUGCAGAGUGGCCGGGCUGGGAUGUAAGCCGCGCUGAAGGAAACUUUAUGGAAACAUUGGGGUGCGUUCAGACUCCUCAAUCUUUAAAAAAAAUGAUAGAGGUGUUUAUGUGAAGUGACCACAUAAACACAAGAAAUGAUUGCUCUGACAAUCACUACACCACACUCUGUAGCUCCAAACACAAACACACAAAGAAAAAACAUGGUGCUGAUGGAGGGAACAAGACUUUUUAGGCUUUUAGCAAAGGAACUAUUUAGCUGAGCUAGGAGUCGAUUUAACACCAAAAACAACUUUAAAUGACCUUAAUGUUAUAAGGUUAUAUCUACAAAUGACUAAUAUGCUUAUUGACAAACUAAAAGGGUUGACAUGACACCAGAAUUUAAACUUUGGUUUUAAAAACAGAGUUUUUAACCACCAUAUAUUGCAAUUAAACCCCUGCACAUUUACAAUGCAUGGAUUCUUUUGCAGCUAUAACACAGUGGUUCUUAACUAAUUUUUUAUCAGGAUCCAAAUUUUUAAAAAUGUUUAAGCAUUCAGUUCAAUUAAAUGAAAAGAUUGUGCAGUUUGCACCACAGAAGGUACAAACCACAUGACGAAACAAAGAAAUGGAGGUUUUAAAAAGUGCUUCACAGACGUUUUUAUGCUUUUAGCAAAGGAACCAUUUAGCUCAGCUAGGAGACGAUUAAACACCUAAAACAACUUAUUCUUAUAAGGCCAUAUCUGCACACUGUUGCAUCACAGCAAGAAGGUUCCUGGUCUGAGCCCAGAUCAGGGCCUUUCUGUGCAGCGUUUGCAAGCAUGGGUAUUCCUCCAGCUUCCUCCCACAGACCAAAAGCAUGCUCAUUAGCUUAAACGGAGACUCUAAAUUGGCUGCAGGUGUCUCUCUGUGUCACCCCUGCUGAUUGGCUGGUGACCAGUCCAAGGUGUACCCCACCUCUCGCCCAGUGACAGGCAGCUGGGAAAGGCUCCAGCCUCCAGAAAUCAGUUUUCAUACUUGAAUAAUGUGCACAGGACAAAAGUUUUGACAUGCACUAGUUUAACUCUGCUGAAGUGUGCAUUGAGGCGUUAGUCCUCUGCCUCUUGUUAGAGUGCAAAAAGUGAUUUUAUGUGCUCCAUUGUCUUGUUUGGAUUUGCCAGUGAGGAAGAAUCCACUGAAAUAUUUUGGGUUUUUUUGUUUAAUAUGAUUUUUGGGGCAUUUCUGCCUUUAUUUGAUAGGACAACUAAAGACAGACAUAAAAAACAUGGAGAGAGUGGGGAAAGACCUGCACCAAACAUGCACUGGGACUGGGAAUCAACCCUGUGACCAGUCAAUGAGGACUUAAGCCAAAGCUUAUGGGCACCUGUUCUACCAACUCAGCUACACCGGCUGAAAUGGUUUUUAUACGUACUGGUCCUUUCUUAGAGCACUGACCUCUGUCUGCAGAGGGGCGGAAGCGCGAUAGACUCCUUCUUAACAGACUUUUUGGCACAUAUUUUCACCAGAACCAGUCAUUAAAGUUGGCUCUUACUCCCUACAUGAUCUUGACCCAGCUACUGCGAUAAAUUUACCAAACAUAUCUUCAUUUAAAAGCUUUUUAUUGUCAAACACCAAGCAUUUGGCAAACUCAGUGAGAUAUUUCCUCAUAAUACUAAGGUCAAAGCUGCAAAAAUGCUUCUUUUAGCCUGCUAGCCUCUCUGUCAUAUCACUGCAUGUUUUCUGUGUCAGUUUGGGAGCACUGGUAGAUGUUUGUUGUCACUUUUACUAAAACUACAACACAAAACAAAGCCCCUGCAUCCCUAGCUUAGCACGUUAGCUGGCUAACUUUACUAGCUAAGGGUUAAGCAAGCCUAUAGCUUUAAUUUUAGGUUGUUAGCUGGCUUUUUUAAUUGUUAGCCGUCACUUUGUAAUCAGUUUACCUUUAAAUGGGCUAGCAGUUAACUUGCUAUAUCUGCAGACAAGAGCUAGCUUUCUUGUGUUUCAUAUGAAAUCACAUGUUUGUUGUUUUUGAUCACUUUGGGGAGCUUUUUCAGGCUUUUGUUGUCAUUUUCAAGUUAAAUCACAACACAAAUAAUCCAACUAAACCUGUUAGCUGGCUAAUUUCUUUAGCAGUGUUUAGCUAGCCUGUGUUACUACGCUAGCUUUGUGCCUGUUAGCUAGGCAACAGUCAGCCGGCUAAUAACCAUAGAGUAGUUAUUCUAGACAGCUAUUUUUGUGUUUAGCUGUCGUUUUGCUACUGAAGAUCAGCUAGCACUUAGCCAAGCAAACUUUAAAUCAGUCAGCUAGCAUAGCUGGCUCACUCUUUGCCUUUUUUGGCAGUCUGGUGGCUAGCCUUUAGCCUUCUUUAGCCAUAGCCUGUUAGCUCUCCACUGCCCGGCCUUAUGAAGCACAGAUUUGUUUAAGGUUUGUGAGGAGAGAUAAAAAAAAAAAGAAAAAGAAGAGAGGCAUGUUUGUGUAAAUUUGUCCCAUUUUAUUGCUUAUUUAAUUAUCUUUAAAUCAAAUUAUUAAGGUUAUAAAAUGGGAAAAGCAGCUGUGAAGAUGGAGAGGAAGGAGGGGGAGAAGGAAGUUUUAUUGACAAGUUAUAAUCCUGGUAAAAUCAAAGGGCUCUUUGAGGAAAAAUAGGUCAUCAAAGGAGAAAAAUGGAAAAAACUGUGGCUGUUGUAUGACCUAAAAUGACAGGGUAGAGUUUAUUUAUGAAAAUAAAGAGGAUGCAGUCUGAUUUGGAUGAUGAUUAAAGCAAGUCGGGUAGAUUUGGACACACCGUUAAAAAAAAGGUUGUGUAAGACUCACUUUUCAUAUGUGUUUUCAUCCAGUUUCACCAUCUUUUCUCCCUCAGUACUUCAUAAUCCCACAUACAAAGGAAACCUUUUUAGUGAGCUGGUUUGACUGAAAACCCUCCUCCAUUUAAGACAGCAGGUCAAGGUUUGUACUUCUCUCAGCUGCCAUGCCGUUAGUGAGGGUUUCAAGGUCUACAUUGUGAAAGCAGAUGGUGCUAUAAGGCCUAAAAUGCACUAGAAAUCAUCCCGCAGGACGGAGGUUAAAGCCUUUGUUUCCACCAGAAUGCACAUUUAUGGAAAAUCCAAACAAGGUGAAGGCCAACGUUACUUGCCUGACAGAACAUAUCUGCCCAUCCAGCACCAUUUUAACACUUUUUAAGUGCAUUUACCUUCACAUGAUGUUUUUGGAUGAAAAGAAAAGAAGAAAAUUAAAUGUUGUUGAAGCAAAUUCAUUCAAGAAAGUCUCACAUGACGUCUAAUCAUCCUCAACCGCACAGAGUCGUCUUUGUUUACUGCUAACGGCUGUGAAAUUAGGAGUAAAAGAGCGAUAUGUUGAAGAGAAAUGAUGGUUUUAUCCUCCUGGCUCUAGGGAUUUAAGAGCUUUAAAUCAGAGAUUAAAACAGCCUUGUGUUUAAACAUUGAGGACAUUUUACAAGACAGUGAUCACUUGAAUGUUCCUCCGUUAAAUAAGAGCGAUACGGAGCAAAAACGUAUUUUUCAAACUGUCAUAUUUGCUUAAAGUAGACCAGAAUUUACAUUUCUGUGUUAUUAAAGUCAGUCGUCAUGGUUUAAAGCAAGGGUGAGGAUUAAAAAGAGACAUAAAACCAGUAGGAAGUGAUGGUAGUAAUGGAGGAAAGCUCUACAGGGUUUCUGUCGAAGUUAAAAUCCCUUAUCAGAGAAUAAAACUCUUAAUGUAUCAAAAAACUCACUAUUUAAUAAUAAUUUAAUUAAAAGAGGGUUCAGUCACAUUAGAAUGUGUUUCAGUCAGUUUUAUGUUUGUUGAGCUGGGUUUCCAACCAAAUAUUGCAGAAUUUUCUGCAGAAUUUCCAGGAAAUCACCAGAGUAAAUAUGACUUUUUCAGCUGAUAUGCACAGUUGUUCCAGUCUAUCCUCCCACCAUGAUUCAGGAGUUUUGUGCAUAAAAAUAAGGUGCAAAGAUAACAUAGGCUGUUUUUCUUGAAUACUCCUGACUUUGUCUUUAUAUAUUACCUUUAAAGAUGUUGAACAUGUCAACCCAACGUUAAAUUUUUUUACUUCUAGACCCAUAAAAACCCCAUAAAGUCAGAAAAAUUAAACAUAGGUUCAAAUGUUCAGCUUUUGCUCACUCUUUCUACCUUUAAUGCUUAGUGAGCAUAACUGAGAUGGUAAAGCUGAGAUAAAUAAGCUUUAACGUAAGUGCACACAGAGCUGUUUUACUUACUUACAACAUGGCUAAAUUAUUUCUGUUCACAAGGACACAGAAGGAUAUUUCAGGACUUCCAAAUUAGUAUUUGAAGGUAUGAAUGAGCCAAAAUCAAACUCAGUACUGCACAUUCCAAAUGUAUGUCGAGAGACAUUUUCUCUUUUAUUUAAAUAUUAAGAUGAUGAGGCGAACAUGAUGGAAACUGAGUUCUCCGCUCAAAGUUCAGUCAGUUUUCCAUCAGCUGAUUUUGGGCACCAUUUUCUUUGAGCAGCAUUUGAGAACAGCCCUGAAGCCCUGCUCAGACCAGAAAUUCAAGAUGCAACAACUCCAUUUAGAGAGCAUUUUAAGGGACGCUUACAGCUUUUUGAGUUGAGCUUUUGCAGCUCAAACCAGGUUGGCUGGUGGCGUUGCCUCUGAGUCAGUUUGUCAAGCUGCCAACAGCUGGUUUUAAACAUGAUGCAUGUCGUGUUUCAACAGGUAAUCAGUGCCUUGAUUAGCAUCAUGCAUCAGCUACAGCAUUUAUUUAUCAACACAUAUGACUCCUUAAAUGCCAAGAAGUGUGGCGCUAUCAUGAGGGAUUCCCCCCGGUAAAAUACAGUGUGUUGUUAAUAUUAGCUUUGCUUAUUAGAGGUCACACCAGCUCUUCUAAAUCAGCUAACUUUUCAGCCCCAAAAUAAGAGUGCAAGAGACCUCCACUUUGGGAACCACUGCUCUAAAUGAUGGAACUGUUGCAGGAAUAAUCCAGAGAACCUCUAACCUUGCAAAGCAGAUGGAUGCGCCGGUUUCCUUGUUUCUCACUGGCGAAUCCAUCUUGCAAAGCACCCAUCUGAACCAUUUGGGCCCGGUUAGAAAGUGACAGGACCAAUCAGCG